GAUCUUCGUUGUAACAUCCUCUGACGUGUCAGCACUGAGAGUGCCAUAGUAAACAGUUUACAUGUGAAAUAUGUUGUUCAGUCAUUUACUAGAAGGGUUUGUUUCGUUCACCAUCAAUAUAAACAAUUAAUUCUUUAUAAAACGCAUAUCCUUGGUGUUUUACACUAGAGCUGGUGCGUUUCCAGUCAUGAUGAAUUUUGGUUCCAAAGGCAAGAAGCGGAUGGUUCUGCCGACCCGACCCGAUCCGCCGACAGUAGAACAGAUCAUGGAGGAUGUGAACCGAGCCUAUCCCAAUGAUCCAGUGUUCACUGUUUUACACGAAUCUGCCGAAGAUUUGAAGUCCAGUUCCAGCAACAGUGAAGUGGAGGUAAGAUACCAGCAGAGCAGACGCUACAUAGAGCUGCAUGAGCGAUUGCAAGAAGAACGUGGCAAUCUUGCUCGGCGAAGAGACGAGCUGCGUGCGGCUGGGGAGUCUUUGGAACACAGCGUGAUGGAGGUGAAGAGGAGUGCGCUGUGACAACUGGCAGGGGCCUGCAGAACAUUCACACCUGCGUCUUAUGAACUUGAGAUUUGCAUAUUCAGUAGUUGAUUGCUGGGCAUGGCACUUGUGAAUAUAACAAAUUAAAAUCAAAUUCAGUAAAAUACUUGGUGUUUUUCCUAUUGAAUGUUUGAUGCAUUUAUUUAAUGAUUUGUUUGUGAUAUUUUUGGCUUAUUUUUAUUUUUUGUAAAUCUAUUUGGUCAAUGUUAAUGUGUGUUUAAUAGAAGUACACAGUCCAUUCAACAAGAUGUGCAGUCUUAAUGUAUUUUAUAUGAUUUAAUGUCAUUUAUACCUGAUUACAAUACAAGAUUCCUUGAGUUUUAUGAUGAAUGGGAUUUUUCAGUUUACAGACAGUACAACUUGUUGAAUAUAUUGAUGACUGUACAGCUAUUCUUCACAGCUUAAUUUUCAUUUGCAUUAA